AUGUCUUCUGAAGAAGUUCAAUUAAACGAAGCUAGUGAUGCAGUACAUCAAGAAUCGAAUUACUCCGAUGAAUACGAUCGAACACAUGGAGCAACGGAAAGCCAGAGAGACCCUACGAUGUUUCCCAAUACAGAUCAAGAUAAUGUUGUAGAUAUGUCCGCUGCAGAUACGAAUACGACUGUGCAGGAAAUAACAAAAUCUCUCGAAACUACAAACAUAUCUGACCAUCAUCCUCACCCAAAAUCUCAAGAACAUACUGAUCAUAAACAUGGUAAGACCGUUCAUCACAGUCCAACGCGCCGUAAAUCCUCAUUCACCAAUCAAACUCAUCACAAUGCUCCCGAUCAUUCUGACACACAAGCAAAACCUGUUCACCAUAGUCCGACCCGUCGAAAAUCGAUUACACAUGAUACACAUGGUACAACUGCGAAUCACAGUCCAACACGUCGAAAAUCUAUCACUCAAGAUACGCAUGGAAAGCCUGCGAAUCAUAGUCCGACACGCCGUAAUUCUAUUACAAAUCAGACACAUAAAGAUGCUCCAGCUAAUAAUAAUCCAACACGGCGAAAAUCCAUUACACAUGAUACACAUGGUGCAACGGCGAAUCACAGUCCAACACGUCGAAAAUCUAUCACUCAAGAUACGCAUGCAAAACCGGCGAAUCAUAGUCCGACACGUCGGAAGUCGAUCACUCAUGAUACGCAUGCUGUUCGUCGCAAAUCGAACGCUCAUGAACAUGACAAAGAUCAAGCGCAUAGAAGCGAAAAAAUCGAACAUGGGGAUAUAAUUAUUGCUAAUGCUGACGCACCUACUGAAACUGCAACUAAAUAA